GGAGGCUCUGCGUGCUCCCGAUCUAAUUGUCUCGAGUCUCCACCACGUCUCUCUGAUGGACGGCUCUGAUCCACCCACCACCACCGGCCCCUCCGCCACAAUCGCCGGCGGCGGCGACCGGCCCCCGGAGACCACCGGUGACGGUGGUGCCGAGCAUACGGACACGGCCCCCCACCCAGACCGGUGCGAGGCGCUGGCUACAGCCAUCGCAGGGGUGUUAGGCGGCGCGCUAGAGGAGCACGAGGCGCGCGCCGCGGCCACGGCCCAGAGCCAGGGCGAGCUCGCCGCCGCCAUCGACCGUCUCAACGGAGAGCUAGACAAACUAUUGGAGAAUGCACCCUCCCCGGUAAUAGCACAACAUGCAGCAAGGAUUUCCACUAUCCGCAAGAGAGUUUUAGCACUCAACAUGCUACUGAGGUCCAUACAAAGGCGUAUAGAUAAUAUGGACCGAAUGAUAUCUACUGGUGUUGCAAGUGAUCAUUCAUCUCGUGUACAAUUGCAAAACAAGAAUUAAACUUGGAUUGAGGAUCUAGAAGAAAUUUCCAUUUUGACAUCCAUUGCACAUUAUUUCUGUCUGCAGAGUUGCCAUUCAAUAGCAGUUGCGGCCAACAUCUUCACAAGAGGCUGUACAUAAUAGCGAAGAGCGAUGAUUGCAGCUGCCCUCCAAAUUCGCAUCACGGAAUCGCUUAAUUUUUUGGGUCAUAUAGUUGAAGUGGGAGUAGUUCUUCAUUUGGAACAAUCUAUUCCCCGUAGUGUCAUGGACAGUCAAAUGUGCCGUUGUUCCAUUUGUAAUUCUGUACCAGUUUGUCCUGAAGAAUUUGUCUUGAAAUGUACAGCAAUACAUUGCACCUGCUAAUAUUAUUUUGUCCCA